UGUGAGACUGAACAACAUGUCGGGUCCAUCUAAGCCACCAGUUUCUGGGGGAAGUCUCGUUGCCACAAAGUAUCGUCUUUUAGGCAAGAUUGGCGAGGGAUCCUUUGGAGUCAUAUGUCUAGGAAGAGAUAUCCACAGUAGAGAACAAGUGGCGAUAAAAAUCGAGUCUCAGCAAACAAGUCAACCACAAACGCUCUUAGAAGAAGCUCGUUUGCUCAAAGCGUUACAUCGCGUUGGCGAAGAUGACAAUGUGGAGGGCUUUCCUCAAGUCCUAUGGUGUGGACAGGAGGCAAACAAGAACAUUUUAGUUAUGGAACUUCUAGGAGCCAAUUUAGAUCAAUUGUUGCUCAGAAUGUCUGGAAAGUUUAGUUUGAAGACUGUGCUGCAGUUAGCUGACCAGAUGAUUGCCAGGAUCAAGUUUGUUCACGAAAAUGAUUAUCUUCACCGUGAUAUCAAGCCAGAGAAUUUUCUCAUGGGCCGACGGGAUAAAACGGAUAAGGUUUACUUAAUUGAUUUUGGACUUGCCAAGAAAUACCGUGACAAACGUGUUAAACAUAUCAGAUUUCGACAAAUGGAAAAUCGUGAAAUCACCGGAACAACCCGCUACGCCAGUGUGAAUGCACAUAAAGGCAUGGAGCCCAGUCGAAGAGACGAUUUAGAGUCCAUCGGUUAUGUCCUCGUGUACUUCUGUAAAGGGUCCUUACCGUGGCAGGGCCUGCAGGCACGCAAUGAUCAAGAGAGGUAUAAGUUGAUUACCGAGAAGAAAAUGUCCAUUUCCGUAGAACGGCUUUGCCACGAGCUGCCCAAUGAAUUUCGGGAAUAUCUUAACUAUUGCAAGGGAUUAAAAUUCGAGGAAGAACCAGAUUAUGACUUCUUAAGAGGACUCUUCAAACAGCUGGCAUUAAAGCUAGAAAUUGAAUAAGAUGGAGUGUUUGAUUGGAACCUUAAAGAGACUAAAACAAAACUUCAAGAUAAUGCGCAACCAAUAGUGCCUUCAUGACUGAUGUUGUCAAUUUUUUUGUUAGGUAUGUAUUUUAAAUCGAGAUUUAUAGUAAUGUGCCUCUUUUAAAAUCC